AUGGCGUGUUGUGCCAUUAAACAUUGUAAAAACUAUUCAACAAAAAAAGAUACACCUAAGAAAACAUUCCACCUGUUUCCCAGAGACACAAAACUCGCAAAUCAAUGGGCAGAUAUAGUGAGGGAAAGUAGAAAUGAAUUUUGGUGGCAACCAAAUACGUGGACAUGUAUUUGUUCAGAUCAUUUUUCUGUAAAUGACAAAUAUACUACUAAAAGUGGUCAUCAGAGACUUAAAACAGGCGCUGUGCCUUCUGAGGCAUUAGUUUUGUCUUCGGAAAAUGAUGACAAGCAAGAAUCUAAGAGAGUUGAGAACCAUGGAAGUAUUGUUAAGAAACCAACCGCUAAGCAAAAAAGAUCCCGCCGUGUAUGUUUUAGUUACAUUUGA